UGAGAAGGGGGCGUGGGGGGCUCAGAAAUGGCGCGUUUGGACACGGGAAGCUGCUUGGYGUGGUGUGAGUGCGCGCCUCCCCCGUCGGCUCCUCUCCGCUCCACAGCGCGCGCGGCAGAGGCAGAGCCUCCCCGCGAUUCACGCAGGCUGUUUGUGUGAUUCCUGCUCUUUGUGCCAGAGCCUGCAGCUGUCUGUUGUAGGGAGAAACGUCGCAGCGCAUGGAGGAGCCGACGGAGGACUUUUGUUUGCUCCACAAACCCAAAGGAUUUGAAAACUUCUGAAGUAUUUGCUGCGUAUCUUGUGUCGCUGUUGGAGGAUUGAAUGAAGACACCUGGAAGCUGAAAAACGCCCCGACCGUGCGUUCGGACUGAAAUCUGUUUGCAAACUGUAGGAAUGUGGAAAACAAGUCUAUCUUGGCGUAACUGGACCAGCUUCUGCCCCUGAAACCAUGACCACAGACUUGAACUUGACCUCUUUGAUAAAUGCAACAUUAAGCAACCAAAGCAGAGGAUGUUCCCUCACAAAGACUGGCUUUCAGUUCUACUACCUGCCCACGGUUUACAUCAUGGUAUUCAUCACCGGGCUGGUGGGCAACAGCCUGGCCAUAUGGAUGUUUGUGUUCCACAUGAGACCCUGGAGCGGCAUCUCGGUCUACAUGUUCAACCUGGCCCUGGCUGAUUUCUGCUAUGUCCUCUCUCUGCCUUUCCUCAUCUUUUACUACUUCAACAAAACCGACUGGAUAUUUGGGGACGUGCUGUGUCGACUGCAGCGUUUCAUCUUCCACGUGAAUCUCUAUGGAAGUAUUCUGUUUCUGACCUGCAUCAGUGUUCACAGGUACACGGGGGUCGUGCAUCCGCUCAAGUCUUUAGGCCGGCUGAAGAAGAAGAACGCAGUUAUCACGAGUGCGCUGGUGUGGUUGAUAGUAGUUAUAGGCAUGUCCCCAAUUCUUUAUUACUCUAGGACUGGUCCGAAACGUAAUUCAACCACCUGUUAUGACACGACCACCGAGGAUGAGCUGUCGGGUUAUUUUAUUUAUAGCAUGAUUCUGACUGUGUUUGGGUUCUGCAUCCCAUUCAUUAUCAUAUUCUGUUGCUACGGCAUGAUCGUCAAGGCRCUGAUCUGCAACGACAUGAACAACGCCCCCCUGCGGCAGAAAUCCAUCCACCUKGUGAUCAUAGUUCUCGCAGUCUUCGCCGUCUCCUACUUGCCUUUCCACGUCAUGAAAAACCUCAACAUGCGGGCCAGGCUGUACUUCCAGAGCCCGGACAUGUGCGAGUUCAACAACCGCGUCUACGCCACGUACCAGGUGACGCGGGGGCUGGCCAGCCUCAACAGCUGCGUKGAUCCCAUUCUUUACUUCCUGGCUGGAGACACCUUCCGGAGGAAGCUGUCGCGGGCCACCAAAAAGACUUCCAGGAAAGGCGACAACGUCCUUCAGUCCAAGAGCGAGGACACGGCGCUCAACAGCCUGGCUGAGUAUGUGGAGAACAGCGACCGGAGACUGUGACGCCUCCUUUUAGCUUCUGAGACAAAAGGAUUAAAUAAGUCAAGGCACUGUGUAGACUGAAGACUGAGGGUCAAAUUUAAGGGAUGAUGGUUUGUAGAGCUGUAGGAUUAAAAACUCCAUUUAACCCUGAGAUACCAUCGCUUGCUUGCAGCCUUUUGGCAUUACUAAGCUAUUGUACUGUACUGUCCUAUAUUGUACUUUAAAUAUUAGAGCCAUCACUCUCCUUUUUUAAUUAUGUACAUUUUGAACUAAAUGUGAAGAGCACAGCUGGGGGGAAAUAGAUUGUCCAACAGGCAAAAAUUUCCUGUUAAUCCAUUUGUUCUGCAAUCUAAGAUGGAUAGCACCUUCUCUAGCCUUGAUCUGAUGGGUAAUCAAUACCUAUUUAGAUGGUGAGAGCUUAAAUAUAAGGAAGUGUAAUUUGGGAUGGCUUUUAGACAGAGUAAURAAUGCACUGAACCUGAGUUUGCUGCGUACAUAUGCAAAGCAGCCAUUGUAAUGCACUAUUAGCCAAGUUUUUUUGCUCCACCAUUCAGUCUUUUUCUCCAUCUUUUGCAGAGAAUAAAAUGUGUUUAAUUACUUUUCUGUCAACUGAGGAAAGUCUACAAAGGCUCUGUACCACACAUUUUCUCUUACUUACCUAUUUGCCACGUAAAUAGGAUGAUAUUUGCAGUAUUUUUUGUGUAUAUGAUGCUACAUCUGAUGUAUUUUUAAGUGUACUGUACAGGAUGUUGUGACAGUCCGGAUCAUUUAGUUUUAUUAGGUGUCAGUUUCAGUACUUCACGGCUUCAUCGCACGAGUCCAGUACCAAACAAGUGUCAUGUGAAAGUGUCAGUGACUCACCACAGCAAGUUCGAACUACCCGAGUGUUUCCUGCCGUACGAAAAAGAAAAGAAAAGAAAAAAAAUUUGUCACAAAACUUUUUUUUCUACUUUGCGACUCCAUCAACACAUUGAAGAUCUGUUUGUAUGAGAUACCUCAAAGUAAAUUGUGCACUGUGUCUGUAUUUGACAGAUGGUAGUUUUUUUCUCUUUUGUUUUGGUUGUAUCUGUUGUAAACAUUCUAGACAAAAUGAUUGCGAAUCUCUAUAUAUUUUGUGUAGAUGUUUGAUGUUUGUGGCCUACUAAUUCCUGUGUUGUGGCUGCUGUGAGUGUCAAGAAUGGAAGUAAAUCAAAUCUGUGCGAAAAUC